AUCCGGAAGUGCUGUUGGUUUAAGGAUUUGUUUUGAUGUCAUCGUAGCAAGUUAAAGCGUUGUGUAUUCACAUUGUAUUUAGAAUAACUAAGUUUAAAAGCUUAUUGGAAUCAACAUUUUUUCAGUCUCACCUCGUUUUAUUCGGUAGUUAGAGGUCGGGAAGUUCACAUGAACGAGAACAACUCAAGAAAAAGAAACGCAAAUCCUCAGAGGAACAGCUCGACUGUAAUGAUGAACAGGUUAAAAUGAUUUGCCAUGUAUAAGAGUUGAAUUGAACCUUUAAACGUCGACCAUGGAUUGUACAGCUCUUGAGCUCGACGCUAUUAAAUUUGCCAAAUCAGCUGUUUUGUAUGAUCAACGAGGGAAAUACAAUGAAGCUGUUUUCUACUAUAAGGAGGCUGCCCAGGCCCUCAUCUAUGCAGGGAUGGCUGGAUCCAAACUAGAGAACAUUCAAGACAAGGUGAACGAGUACCUGGACAGAGUACAGACUCUUCUCAGUGCUGUUCAAGCACAGAGCAGUGACCCUUUGAAGAGCAAGCAUCAGCUGGAUCUGGAAAGAGCGUAUUUCCUGGUGACACAGGCUUUUGAAGAGGAUGAGAAGGAAAACGCGGAUGAGGCCAUUGAGCUCUACACUCAGGCUGUAGAGUUGUGCAUUCAAGCGUCCAAUGAGACGUCAGAUCCAGCGCUACAGGCGAAACUGAAGCAGCUUGCUCGACAGGCUCUUGAUAGGGCAGAGGGACUGAAAGACUCUGUUAGUAAACCUGCAAGCCAGGACAAGCCCGGCUCAUCUGCAUCUAAAGGCCCUGCUCAGGUUAGACAGUUCUUUCCACUCGGUCCAGACUUCUCUAUCCAUGACAAAGCUCAGCCGGUGCGAGCAGCACAGUCCAGUGAGCCGCAGGGCCAGCGUUACACGGCCGAGGAGAUCGAGGUGCUCAGGAAGACCUCCAAGAUAAAUGGGAUUGAAUAUGUUCCCUUCAUGAGUGUUGACCUGAGGGAGCGUUUUGCUUUUCCUGUUCCGUUCUCUGACAAAUGUGGGAAACUGGCACUGUCGCCGAAGCAGAAAGCCAUAUUUUCUCGCUGGGUUCGACCUGAUGACAUCUGCAAUAACCCCACAAUGAUCUUCACUGUGUCCAGCUUCAGCAUCAAGCAGACGGUUGUGUCGGACUGUUCUUUUGUUGCAUCAUUGGCCAUCAGCGCAGCAUACGAGAGACGCUACAGCAAAAAGUUAAUCACAAGCAUCAUCUACCCGCAGAACAGAAAAGGAGAGCCAGAGUAUAACCCCUGUGGGAAGUACAUGGUGAAGCUUCAUAUUAAUGGCGUCCCAAGAAAGGUGAUCAUUGACGAUUUUCUCCCGGUGGACCGCAAUGGUGAGCUGCUUUGCUCCUACUCAAGUAAUCGCAAUGAACUCUGGGUAUCGCUCAUCGAGAAGGCCUACAUGAAGGUUAUGGGUGGAUAUGAUUUCCCUGGCUCCAACUCUAAUAUUGAUUUACACGCUCUCACUGGCUGGAUCCCAGAGCGUAUUGCUAUGCACUCAGACAAUCAGUCCUUUAACAAAGAUGACACUUUCCGCAUGCUUUACCAGAGGUUUCAUAGAGGAGAUGUUCUCAUCACAACCGCCACAGGGGUCAUGACAGAAGAGGAGGGCGAGAGAUGGGGUUUAGUGCCCACACAUGCUUACGCCGUACUAGAUAUCAGGCAAUACAAGGAUAAACGUUUCCUCCAGCUGAAGAACCCGUGGAGUCACCUCAGGUGGAAAGGCAGCUAUAGCGAACGUGAUGAAAAAAACUGGACACCAGAUCUUCUCAAAUACCUCAAUUUUGACCCCAAAACCGCACAGAAGUUUGACAAUGGGGUGUUUUGGAUUAUCUGGGAAGACUUGUGCCAGUAUUACGACGUCAUCUACUUGAGCUGGAAUCCUGCGCUGUUCAAAGAGUCCUCAUGUAUUCACAGUAGCUGGGAUGGCAAACAGGGACCAGUGAAGGACGUCUACAGUUUGGCCAAUAACCCUCAGUACAAGCUGGAGGUGCAGUGUCCUCAAGGGGGCGCUGCUGUAUGGGUACUGCUGACUAGACACAUCACUGACAAGGAUGACUUUGCUCAAAACCGGGAGUUUAUUACGUUAGUGGUUUACAAGACUAAUGGAAAGAAAGUUUACUAUCCAGCUGAACCUCCUCCCUACAUUGAUGGCAUCAGGAUCAACAGCCCUCACUACUUAACCAAGAUUAAGCUGACCAGUCCAGGAACACACACCUUUACACUCGUGGUCUCCCAGUAUGAGAAACAAAACACCAUCAACUACACAUUAAGAGUGUACUCGGUGUGCAAAUUUAAUUUCUCCAAAAUCCCAACACCCUUCACCAACACCAAAAGGAUUAAUGGCCAAUGGAAGGGUGCCAGCGCUGGAGGAUGUGGGAAUUACAAAGACACCUACAAGAACAACCCCAUAUACCAGCUCAACAUGGAGAAACCAGGCCCUCUGCUCAUUGAACUCCGCGGCUCCAGGCAGUACAGUGUGGGCUUUGAGGUGGUGACCGUAUCGACUACAGGGGAUUCUGGAUCAUCAGGCUUUCAAAAGAGAGCGAGCGGAGAUUACCGAUGCGGUUUUUGCUACAUGGAGGUUGAGAGUUUACCUGCUGGGAUUUACAAUGUCAUCCCUACGACCUUCCUGCCCAAACAGGAAGGCCCAUUUUUCCUGGACUUCAGCAGUGUCGCCCCGCUGCGGGUUUCUCAGCUGCAAUAACGGUCCCGCACCAUCCGACCACCGGAUUGUUGACACAGAAGAUGUUUCGCCAGCACUCAUUGCUCACAGACACGCUUGUUUACCAAAAGAAAUAAGCACCGAUCACAGAUGGUACCUGACAUAGUGCCAUAUUUCAGUCUUUCCCAACCCUGUUCCUAAACACACACCAACAGCAACCUCUUCCUAAUCAACCACACCAGAAUCAACUCAUCAGAACAUAAGAAGAGACACCAAAAUUUGAAAUGAAAAGACAAUGCAGUCAUCCAAAAAAAUGUACUGUUGGUGUGCCUCCAGCAACAGGGUUGGGAAACACUGCCAUAUUUGACAUUUUUUAGUGUGUAAUAGUAUGCCGCUGCAGUGCCAUUUUCAGAAGAAGCGUGUUCAAUCAGCCAGAAAACACACUUCUUUUAAUUCUGCAGUCCGAAGUUGCAUUCAAAGACGAUGAUAUGUGUAAUUUGUUUGUGCGCAUCUGAGUGUGUGUGUGUGUGUACUGGUUUUGGUGGUUUAUGAGGACACACAUUUGUAUAAGGUCACAUGACCUAGGUAUAACAAUGUCCUUACAAUUCAAAACUGUUAAAAAUUAUACUUAACAGGGUCUUCUGCCAUUCAAAAUUUGCCACAAGUUUCCUGUAAUGCAACAGGUGUCAAACUUGGUUCCUCAAGAGCCGCAGCUCUGCACAGUUUAGUUCCAACCCUAUAUAAACACCCCUGAUCAAACUAAUUAAGUCCUUCAGGCUUGUUUAAAACCUACAAGUAAGUUUGUUGGAGCAGGGUUGGAAUAAACUGUGCAGGGCUGAGGGCCCUCCAGGAAUUGAGCUUUGACAUACAGGUUUUAACAGUAUAAAAUACAUUAAACCUGUGGAGCUUCCUCACAAUGCACCAAAAAUCAACAUGGGUGUAUGUUGUGGUUUAUGAGAACACAAUCUAACUUAACAGGGUCUUUUCACAUUUAAAAUUUGCCACACUUUUAAAAGUAUAAAAUACAUUACACCUAAAGAGCAGGGGUGUUCAAACUCGGUUCUGGAGGGCCAGUCUCCUGCAAAGUUUAGUUCCAACCCUAAUCAGACACACCUGGGCUAGCUAAUCAAGCUCUUACUAGGCUUUCUAGAAGCAUCUUUGCAGCUGUGUUGAGGCAAGUUGGACUAAAACGUCCAGGACACCGGCCCUCCAGGACUGAGCUUGGAAACCUCUGCCAUGGAGAGUCCUCAUAAACCACCACAACCAACCUGUGUGGGUGGGUGUGUGUGAAUAUAUGAUCUGAUAUGACUGUUUUUCACUCAGGAGACUGCAAUAAAACAGGGAUGUAUAUUAAUGAUGUCUGAUGAGAGAUCGGAGGGAUCUGUACGCAGAUUUCUGUGUCUCUAUAUUAAGGGCUCUUCCUCUGGUCUGUUUGCUGAUGUGCAGGUAAGCAGAAAGACGUUCUGUUGCAGGGCUUAUUUGUUCAGUGGGCUAAGAACGAGUGCACUUUUAUCAAAAAGGAAAAAAAGAAGAUAGAAAGCAAAUAUGAUGCACAUCCAUCUCUGAAGCAUCAGGUUUUGUUUUAACUCCCAAUCAUGUGCAUCAAAUGUCAGCUUUAUUUAUAUCUAGCAGCACAGAACUGUAUUUACAGGCCAUAUCGGCGAUGACCUGGAUGUUUUUACUUAGUAAACCGACAUGCAUGACUGACGAUGAUGCUCCACAUCAGUGACUGUGCAAAUGCUUAAGGUUUUUUUGUUUCAUGAUUUUGAUUUCUGUUCUUAUUAUGCUCUGAAAUAUUUAUUUGCAGAGAUUAAAAUGAAAGUGUAUGUGUUAUCAGACAUUGUUUUUUUCUUUUUUUUUCCUUUGGUAAAUUAAAUGACACAAUGAAUAAUACUAAA